AUUCACGGUGACUGAAAAUGUAAUUCAGUAGGAUCUUUGCAGUAGGCUUUUAGACUGUAGGCAAGGACAAUGUUUGAGUCAUCUGAUGUGAGUGCGACUUACGGCUUGUAUUUAUAAAACAGCAAGUUAACAGCUUUGAGUGUGUUUUGUCUCAAAGAUCGGAAAUAAGCUCGAUAAAACCGCAUAAAUGAAUGGGCCACACACGAUGUACAGAAUGAAACCUGUAUUAUGUUUUACUGAUGAAAUCGAACUUCCGCAAUGCAUGUAUAAAAUGAAAAAUAUUCAAGAAACGUUCCACGCAAAUCAUGAAGAUGCCUCGCCAACCUGUCCAAAACCGACAAGCAUUUCGGAACAGGUUAAAAAGUUACUAAAGUGUCCAUUACCUGAGGUUGCUGCUCUGGAAAACCGGCAAGAAGCAAUCCUCAAACAACUGAAUCAACUUAAAGAGCAGAUGACAGCAUUGAGAAAAGAGCUCAGACAAUCUGUUCCAAAACCAAUCAAUGAAACUCAGCAUCAUACUUUUGAAGCUGGCUUGCAGGACAGACUUCAAGAUAUUGUUGUAAAUGUUAGUCCACAACAUCCUCCUUACUCUCUUAUUGCCCUCGCAAGACUAUGGAAUGCAAAAGUGAACCUGAGAUUAAGCUGUCACGUCCACUCAACUGUAGUUAAUGCACCUAAAAAUGAAUGCUUCAGUAAUAUGGAUAAUCAAACGGGAACAGAAAAUGUGCCAGAGUUAACUAUCUUCAUUGUAUGGAAAAAUGUUGGAGCUGAAACGGAGAUGGUAAUUUCUCCUAUAAGUCAGUCAACUGUACGUGGUGAACCAAACAUCCUGAGGUAUUUGUGCAGAGUGGGACCAGUAGAAUACAAUUACGAACAGAGUGAGAAUCUUUUUGACCAAACAAAGAUUGAUGAAAUACUGGACUCAUGUUACCACAUAGCUCGUUGUAGAACAAAGAAAGAGAGACUCCAAGGAAUAUUUACAAUCACCUCUGAGCUAGGAAAGUCUGAUUAUCUUCUUGGAAAAACGAGCCCUUCAGUGGCGGACAUUGCCUUCUGGUCAGUGCUGAAGCAGGUUGACCAAACCACCUGCAAAGAUCUUGCAAGUAAUGUUGUUACAUGGUUUCAACGCUGUAGUGAAAUAUUUUCAUCAGGUCAGUAGAUGCUACAAGAAUCUGUUUUCCAGAAGACAUCAUAGAAAGCAUGCAGCUCUUUGUCCAGUUGUCAAGUGAAUCAUCUGAAGAUGUCUCAAAUGGACUGUUAAAAUAAAGAAAUGAGUUUUGAAUUUUA